GAGAGUGACAAUUACAGAUAUUAGAGAAAAAAUAAAAAUGGAAAAAAAAGGAGGGGCAGACCUCAGUAAAAUUGAAGAGGGCCUUUAUUUAGGAAAUUUGAUAGCUGCAACAGAGCCAAAAUGUCUGGAGGAACACUUCAUUUCGCACAUCCUCACAGUGGAUUCGAAACCCCUGCCAACAAGCAUCACGUCGUUACCUGGCAUGAACUUUCUCUAUAUCAAAGCAAAUGAUUUGCCUCAAGAAAACCUCUUGAUACAUUUUGAGGAUGCGAUUAAUUUCAUAGAGGAAGCCCAGACAAAAGGCAGUGUUCUUGUUCAUUGUUUCUUUGGUGUGUCCAGAAGUGCUACACUAGUAACUUGUUUUUUAAUGAAAAAGUACAGAAUCACAUUUGAUGAAGCUCUAGGGAGAAUCAAGGCAAGAAGAGGGUGUGUAGGUCCUAACUCUGGAUUUUUGCAACAGCUUUAUCUUUUUCAAAAUAUGGGAUGGAAAUUGGCAGAAGAUCAUUUUCAAUUCCGAGCUUUUCUGCUGAAGUCAUAUGCAUUUGCAAUCAGUAAAGGUAGAAAGGUGGAUGAAAAUAAGUACAAGUGUUUGGUGCAGCCAGAUCCAAGGACUACACCAAGUGAGAGUCCAGUUAUAUACAAAUGUAGAAUGUGCAGAUCUUCAUUAGUGAGAAAGGAUUCUAUCAUGCCACACUGUGACGGUCAGAGUCCCUUCUGGAAUGACACUAAGUGGGCUGAACCAUGGGACGACGCUUCACUUUGUACCCAAGGCAUAUUCACACUCCCAAUAUCCUGGAUGGCUGAUUUUACAUCUGAACUGAAAGGGAAGCUAACAUGUGCCAAGUGCCAGGCAAAACUCGGAAGUUAUGACUGGUGUGGAGGGAAAUGUCCAUGUGGAGCAAAAAUAACACCUGCCUUUUUCUUUAUUCCGUCAAAAGUGGAUAAAUGCUCCUGAUCAUAUAUCAGGAUUAAAAAAAUCAGUAUCA